AUGGCGUCUAGAUUGGUCGCCGGACUCCUGUUCGCAACAACUUCGGUGCUAGGACGACAUACUGAGCAGGUCAAAAGAACCUUCGACUCAAUCAGUGAGCAGUAUGACUACAUCGUGGUCGGGGGCGGAACGAGCGGCCUAGUCGUCGCAAACAGACUGAGCGAAGACCCCGAAAUCGUCGAAUAUGGAGACUUUGCCAACACAAUCAACGUCACCGUGCCCUACUUUGCAACAUAUGACCAGUCAGCGCGCCUUUACAACGUGACGUCCGUCCCUCAAACACAUCUCGGUAAUCGUACAUCCCGCCUUCGUAUCGGUGCCGUGGUUGGCGGAGGCUCCACCGUCAAUGGAAUGGCCUGGGAUCGGGGCUCCGAAGCCGACUACGAUGCGUGGGAGGCCCUUGGGAACCCCGGUUGGGGCUGGGCGACUCUUUUCAAAUAUUUCCAAAAGUCGUCUACAUUCGCGCCGCCUUCGGAGGAGUAUGUUGAGGAGUACGGGUACGAAUGGAGCGAGGAUGCGUAUGGCGAUGGACCGAUUCAGGUUGGGUUUCCUUCGUGGCAGUGGCCGGAGUCUGCUUUGAUGGCACAGGCAUGGGCUCAGGACAUCAAAGUGCCCACGUUGAAAGACGGCGCCGACGGCGACAACGUUGGCAUUGCAUGGCUCCCGCAGAACUCUGGCGGUCGUAACGCAACUCGAUCCACCGCCGAGACCGCGUACUUCAACCCUGUCAGCGCCCGCGAGAACCUACAUCUUCUUGUACGUCACUACGGUGCAGCGAUCAAGUUUGAGGGCAACACCACGACCGGCGUAGUGAUUGGCAGUCGUGAUGAAUCCGAGACCAAGUUCGUGGAAUCCCGGAAUGUCGUGCUCGCCUCGGGUGCAGUUCACACACCUCAACUACUGCAGUUGAGCGGCAUUGGUCCAGAGAAGCUCCUGAAAUCUUUGGACAUUGACGUGGUGGUGGAUUUACCAGGCGUUGGUGCGAACUUCCAGGACCAUCCUUCCAUCUUCAUGGUCUACGAUUUUGCCAACGACACAUCCAUCAAUCCGACCCUCAUGACCAACGAAACCUUCUACAACGAGUCUUGGGCAGAGUACGAAGCCAACAGAACCGGACCACACACCCAUGCCUGGGGAAACCGAGUCGUCUUCACAUCCCUCCAAGACCUCGAUCCAGACAACUACGAAGCCAUCACCGACGCCGUCACAGCCCAAGACUCGUUGCAGCACCUCCCCGAAGUCUACGCCGAGAACCCGGCCCUCCUCGAGGGCUUCAACCGCCAGCGUGAUAUCCUGAGCCAGAGAUUCCGCAACCCAAAGGCAGGCGUCAUGGAAUUCACCUUUGGCGGCGCAGAAUCCGUCCCCGUAGCCCUCCAGAAGCCCCUUUCGCGCGGCACCAUAACCAUCAACAGCACGAACCCCGACCCUGGAUCAUCCACCCCAGGCGCCGGCGGCGCACAAGUCGACUUCAACACGCUCUCCAACCCAAUCGACACGCUCCUCCUCCUCCGCGCCGUCGCCAAAGCCCGCGCCUUCAUGGCGAGUCCCAGCGUCGAGACGCUCGCCGCGGUGGAGAUCCUCCCGGGCCCGGGUGUCGCCAGCAACGCGGAGAUCGAGGCCGUCAUGCGGGAGUCGUGGCUGUCUUCGAGCUUCGAUCACCCGGUCGGCACAGCGGCGAUGAUGCCGCGGGAGCUGGGGGGCGUUGUGGACAGUGGGUUGACGGUGUAUGGCGUCGAGGGGCUGUGGGUUGUGGAUGCGAGUGUUAUGCCGUUGUUGCCUGCGGCGCAUACGCAGGCUACUGUGUAUGCUGUUGCGGAGUAUGCGGCUGAUCUUAUCAAGGGUGUUGGGAAGUGA